GUGAUAGUGGAAGGUGCAAACGGGCCGAUAACACCCGCAGCAGAUAAGAUAUUGCAAGCCAGAGGCAACAUCCUGAUAAUCCCUGACCUUUUCGCGAACAGUGGCGGCGUCACGGUAUCAUUCUUUGAGUGGCUGAAGAACCUAAGCCAUGUAUCAUUCGGCCGCUUAACAUUCAAGUACGACGUUGAUUCAAGCCACGAAAUACUUGAAAGUGUGCAGCAAUCACUGGAAGCAGCCUUAAAGCAGGGCAUUCCAAUCAGACCAAGCAGGCAGUUUCUCGAACGUGCUGACACAGAGAAUUGCGAAGAAACAAUUGUGCAUGCCGCGCUCGAUCACAGUAUGCAGCGCUCCGCGAACGACCACCUUCAUCGUUUCCCAACAUUCAGUUCAUCACUGAAAAGUGGAAUUGUCGCUAGAGCAGUUGUGCGUCAAAAAAUCCAAAUAUGUACAUGA